AGGGUGACGCGCGUGCGCCGGGAGUUGCCGAAUUCGGAACGGACACGUCAGUGCAGCGCGCAAGAACGACGCUUGACAGGCCGUCUGAGGCACCGGUACGAAGUAACGGGACCGGCUGCCGGUCCUCCCGCACCCUCAGCCAUGUCUGAACUCGGGGACUGGUUCCGCAGCGUCCCCCUGGUUACCCGUUACUGGUUCGCGUGCUCGGUGGCGGUACCGCUGGUGGCGAAGCUGGGUUUAAUCAAUCCCCUGUACCUGGUGCUGUGGCCCGAGGCCUUCCUGCACAGUUUCCAGAUAUGGAGGCCGAUAACUGCCACGUUUUACUUCCCUGUGGGACCCGCGACGGGCUUUUUGUACAUGGUGAAUUUAUAUUUCCUCUAUCAGUAUUCCACGCGGCUUGAGACGGGUGUGUUUGAUGGACGGCCUGCGGAUUAUAUGUUCAUGCUCCUCUUUAAUUGGAUCUGCAUCGUUAUAUCUGGAGUGAUCAUGGAUAAGCAGCUUCUGAUGAUUCCCCUGAUCAUGUCGGUUCUUUAUGUCUGGUCCCAAAUGAACAAAGACACAGUUGUGUCGUUCUGGUUUGGAACAAAGUUUAAGGCUCGCUACUUACCUUGGGUCCUUCUCGGAUUCAACUACAUAAUCAGCGGAUCGGUUGUUGAUGAGCUCAUCGGUAACCUGGUGGGACACCUCUACUUCUUUUUGAUGUUUAAGUACCCCAUGGAUUUAGGCGGAAGAAGCUUUUUGUCCACUCCACAGUUCCUGUACCGCUGGUUUCCCAGCCGAAGAGGCGGCGUGGCCGGAUUUGGAAUCCCACCGGAGAGUGCCAGACGAGUGCCGGACGAUCAGGGUGCAGGCGGAAGGAGGCACAACUGGGGACAAGGUUUUCGAUUAGGAGACUAGUGAAACCAACGCCACUGAAUUACUGCGCUGGGACUUUUUUCUUUUGUAACCUUAAGAAGGACUCUGCCCGUAAGGAAACUCUUAUACAAGAGACAAAAAGUAGCUAUUGCUGCUAUGGAGACUCUGUGCACCAUGUCUGAUUUACAGUGAUUGUAUCGGACCACCGUGUAGCCAAUAUAAAUUGCCCGGGUUCGUGUUAACAUCCCACUCCUAGGAAAAUAUGCAGAGCUGAAUGCUGUUUUUGUUACUUAUAAAAAGUUUGCAUUGAACCACGGAAGAAACGUUAGGGCAGGUAUGCAAAAUCUGUCUUAAGGAUGUGUUGAUUAUUCUCUGUUUCAAAUAAAAUUUUAUUUACAUCCUCA